AUGGAAUCAAAAAUUUUACGUUUAAGAAAUUUUAAUAAUUGGUUAAAAAGUGUAUUGAUAGGCAAACAUAUGGCAGCUGGAAAUACUGUACUUGAUAUAGGUUGUGGAAAAGGAGGAGAUCUGAAUAAAUGGGAUAAAGCAGAAAUUCAUAAAUAUUAUGGUUUUGAUCUUGCACAGAAAUCAAUUGAAGAUGCAAAAAAACGUUGGGAGAAACCAAUAACAGAUAUAAUUUCAGAUGAAAUUAAAUUCGAUAUUGUUAGCAUGCAAUUUUGUCUUCAUUAUUCAUUUGAAUCUGAAGAAAAAGUACGCAUGGCCUUAAAAAAUGUCACUUCUGGUUUGAAAAUAGGAGGUUACUUUAUUGGAACAGUACCUAAUGCCUAUCGGAUCGUAAAAAUAUUAAAAAGUUUGCCCGACAAUGAAUUAGAAUUUGGAAAUUCGAUAUAUUCGAUUAAAUUUGAACAAAAAGAAUCAUAUCCAUUAUAUGGGAACAAAUAUUGGUUUAAUCUUGAAGAAUCAAUUGAUGAUUGCCCAGAAUAUUUGGUUUAUUUUCCUGUAUUUGAAAAUUUUCAUGAUUUAUAUGAAGAAGAAAAAAAAAACGAUAAAUUUUAUGACCUUUUAUUUCAAAUGCAAGUAAUUGGGAAAAGACCAGAUGAUUCAAAAAUGACAGAUGAUGAAUGGGAGGCAAUUGGUAAUUUUAAUAAUUUAAUAAUUGAUUGA